AUUUUGAAUAGUUGACUGAUUGUCAUUGUCAAUGGUCGGAAGUGGUUCUUGUCUAUAACUUCUUUCUUUUCCGUCGUUCUUCGUUUACCGAAACAGAGGUUAUAAUCAUGACUCGCAAACGCCGUAAUGGAGGACGAUCCAAGCACGGCCGCGGCCACGUGAAGGCUGUGCGAUGCACCAACUGCGCGCGCUGCGUGCCUAAGGAUAAGGCUAUCAAAAAGUUCGUGAUCAGGAAUAUCGUGGAAGCGGCUGCCGUCAGAGAUAUUAACGAAGCCUCAGUAUACAACUCAUUCCAGCUUCCCAAGCUGUACGCCAAGCUCCAUUACUGCGUGUCGUGCGCGAUCCACAGCAAGGUGGUGCGCAACAGGUCUAAGAAGGACCGUCGCAUCCGCACGCCCCCCAAGAGCAACUUCCCGCGCGACAUGUCCCGCCCGCAGAACGUGCAGCGGAAGUAGGGAGUUUACUUUUAAUUAAAAAAAUGUAAAAAUU